GUUACUACCUGCUAAAUGAUUGACAGCUGCCACAUUUGCACUCUUAUCACUUACUUGCGGUUACGACUUGUUUUGAUGUUAAGCUUUAUUACAGAUCCAGACAUAUCUCAAACUAUUAUUUUAGGAAAUAGCAUUAUUGGUGUUAGUAUAUUAGCUCUUCCUUAUUCUUUCGAGAAGAGCGGCAUUGUAUUAUCUUGUUUUUUAUUUAUUAUUGCAUCCUGGCUUAAUAAAACAUCAUGUUACCUCUUAAUAAAAUCAGCAACCUUAACUAAAACAAAUUCAUAUGAAAAUCUAGCUACAUGUAUAUUGGGUCCUACUGGAAAAAUAAUUACUGAACUUAGUAUAGUAGGAUUUUUAUUGGGUAUAUGUUCCGCUUACUAUAUAGUUAUAGGAGAUUUAGUUCCCAAUAUUUUAUCUAAAUGGCUUUUCAUAGAAAACAAUAAAUGGCUUAGAACCUGGACACUCAUCAUCUUUGCAUUCUUUAUUAUUUUACCAUUAAGCUUAGUUGACAGAAUUGAUAAAUUAAAUCGUAUAUCAUUCAUUUGCAUAUUAUUCUAUAUCCUCUUUGCUGUCAAACUAUUCUUUGAAGCUCUACCUAUCAUUUUAGACUUAUCCUGGGUAGAUGAAUUAUGUUACUGGAGAGCAAAUGGAAUAUUUAAUGCUAUUCCAAUCAUUUCCUUAUCAUUAACGUGCCAAACGCAAAUAUUUUUAGUGUAUCAAGCAUUGCUAGAACCAAAUCAGAAACGGAUAUCUAAUGUUUAUAAGAAUGCCAUUGACAUCUGCACAUCUCUCUACAUAAUCGUAGGUAGCCUAGGCUAUGUGGCAUUCUACAAACCAAUCAAUUCAUUGAAAGGCGAUAUUUUAAUCAAUCUAAACCAAAAAACAUUAUCCCAUUUUUCGCUCUUAACCGAUCUCAUAACGUUAGGAUUUGCAAUGAGCAGCGCUCUCAGUUUUCCUCUAUCCCUCCUACCCUGUAAAGAAAGCUUGAAACAAAUAUUCUAUAGUUCUUCAAAAAACUUGGAUGACAAAAGAAAAUACUCUUCAUUUGAUCUCAAGGAAAUGUCUGAAAAUGAUUUAACGCAAGAGGAUAAUAAACCACUCGUAGAUUUAGAAAUGAUGGAUAAUUAUUAUAACGAAACACUUGAUUCAAACUACGAUUCUUUUAGUAUUAGAAAGAGAAGUCCGGAUGAUUACCUGUGUUCUUCGAAUAAUUUUAAAAUAGCUAUAAGCGAUAUAAAUGAAUCAUGUUCUCGAGAUAGAGUCUUAACUCUGGGUAUCGUUACACUAACCCUUUUGAUUGGCAUAUUUCUACCCAAUAUUGAAGUGAUGCUAGGUCUUGUAGGAUCUUUGAUGGGUACUAUGAUAUGUAGUAUUCUCCCGGCUUGGAUAUUUCUCAAAAUAAAAGCUAAUAGUCAUGAACACGUAACCUCCCAUUUUUAUGACAUCAAUUACCAUGUUAACUAUAAAGAUAGAAGGAAAGCCCAGGUCGUUUUAUUAUUUGGUGUCGUUAUACUAAUAGUCGGAACAUUAAAUUUCUCAUUCGAAUCAACACAUAGUCCCAACUUAAAAAAUCUUAAAAAUCCAUCAAUUCAUAGCAAUCAAUUAACAAUAAUCAAUAGUUUAUCGAUGAUUAGGGGAGAGGAUUCGUUUCAAGCAAUUUUACCCGUCAGCCCAAAAUCGCUCACUAGUGAAAAUGAUAUGGCAGAUAAUAUAAUAGAUACAUUAAAUAAUCCAAAACUAGAUGAUCAAGGAAUGUAUGAUACUGCUAUUAAUCAAAUUCCAAACAAAGACAAAAUUAUUCAAGAAACAAAAUUGCAUAAGAUAAUAAAUGAAGAUAUUAAUCCAGGCCGUAUACUACUGGAAAGUAAGACGCUAGUUGGAAAUAAUGAUUCCUUAAAAUCAUUAGAACCCAAUUUUGUUUUGCUUAAUUUAUCAACCAGUAAGAAGAUAGAAUAUAUGUAUAAAAUAAAUCUUUCCUCAAAAAAUGAUUCUAAGUCUAACAUGAUUAUUAGUUCUUGAACAAAUAGAGCAAUUAUAAUUAAUAAAUUUUCGGAAAAAUGUUAGAUGGUUGAUUUUUAAAAACCAUAAUGGGCAGCAACAAUUAUUUUAUUAAAUAUUUACAUAAUAUAUUGAUUUUCCCUUGUUU